AUGACUUCGCUCGUGGCCACGCUCGACGACGCCGUCCGCGCCGUCGUGGUGCGGCGGCUGCGGCGGUUGGACCAGUGGUCCGUCAUUAAGCUCGUCCUCGGUCUUCUCGGCGCGGCGCGUGCCUAUCGGCGGCUGCGGCAGAUCAUGCGGACGACCGGCCUGCGCCGCUGGGCCUUUACGACCGCCAUGCCGCUGCUCAAGCAGCUUCCGCCGGUGAGGAAGGAGCUUGAGGAGGGCCAGGCAAAGGUGAGGGCCGACUUGGAGGGCGUGCUGUUCCGCGACCUCACUGCACCGCGGCUCGAGCUGCCCGCCAAGGGCACGCCGCAGGCGGAGCUGCUGCAGCUGAUGGAGAAGCGGCACGAGCUGGACCGCAAGUACUGGGAGGACGGCACCAUCACGGGCGCCGUCUACCACGGCGAGCGGGAGCACAUGGACUUUGUGGGCAAGGUGUACGGCCAGUUUGCCUUCUUCAACCCACUGCACGCCUCGCUCCACCCGGCGACCCGCCAGAUGGACGCAGAGGUGGUGGCGAUGGUACCGUGGCCCGGCUGGCUCGUGCGGCGCCUUUACGACCGGAGGGACCGAGCGAUGAAGACGUACCGCGACUGGGGCAGCGCCACUCGCGGUGUGCGCGAGCCGAACAUUGCGGGCCACUACUUCGGAAUCGAGGCCGUCGACGUGGCGCAUGUCCGCUCUCUCAUCGACUCCAACACCGUCGCCCUCGUCGGCUCGGCGCCGCAGUUUGCCACCGGCACCAUCGACCCGAUCGAGGCGCGCCCACCCAACCUCGCGCCCGCUGUCGCACGCCCGCCGUCGGCGCGCGGGAUCGGCCUGCACGUCGACUGCUGCCUCGGGGGGUUUGUGGUUCCCUUCAUGGCGGCCGCGGGCUCGCCGCCGCCGCACGGCUUCGAUUUUACGGUGCGCGGCGUCACCACGAUCUCGUGCGAUCCCCACAAGUACGGGUUCGCGCCAAAGGGGGCGUCGGUGCUCAUGUUCCGGAGCAAGGAGCUGCGCCACCACAUGUACACUUUUGCCACCGAGCGGCAUCUACGCCACGCCGACGAUGCUGGGCUCGCGGCCCGGCGGCGUGGUCGCGGCGACUUGGGCGGCGAUGAUGCGCUACGGCGAGGCUGGGUACGCGAGGCUGGGUACGUCGAGUCGACGGCGCAGAUCGUCGGCGCGACGCGCCGCAUCGCGGAGGCGAUCCCGACGGCGAUCCCGACGAUCGGCGGGCUCGAGUUGGUUGGCCGCGCGGACGCGUGCGUCGUCGCGUUCGGUGCGAAGCAGGGCUCGGGCCUCAAUUGCUACAGCGUCGCCGAUUGCCUCAAGGAGAUUGGCGGCUGGGAGCUCGCGACGCUGCAAAACCCGGCCGCCGUCCACCUCGCCGUCACGCUGCCGACCGCAAAGAACGCGACGCGGUUCGUCGACGAGCUGCGGGCGGCUGUGCGAUCGGAGCCGGAAAAGUACAAGGGCGGCUCGGCGGGCCUGUAUGGCAUGGCCUCCAGCCUUCCGACGAGUUUCAUCGAGGAGACGGCGAAGGUGUACCUCGACACAAUGACCGCUUGUCCAGAGUCGCACAAGUGA